CACGGAGGGAGUGGGGCAAGGCAGCAGUGCAUCUUCAGUUUACCGAAGGACGCCAGUCGUCGGUCGAUCGACGAAGGCUCACUGUCUGCACAACUGAACCUCACCGCAGAGCUCCUGUAAACAACCCAACUCAACAACAACAACAAAAGCAGCACCUUUUUGGGGUGGGCCAUUUCAAAGCUCGCUCGACUUCACCUUUCAACCUCAAGGACUCGUUUAAAAGUGUACCUGGAACGGAGCAGGUCCGGUCGGGGAAGCUACGAGGCGGACAAACCUGAGGCGAGAGCGACGUGCAAGACAACAAGAAGCCAGGAUGAAUCUCAACAGUCAUGCCAUCUUCACCCUCUACACUAUUUAUGGGAUUCUUCUUCGAGUGAUGGCUUCCAAAGGCAAAGUCAGAGGCAUCAGCGGUCAGCAUCCUCUGGUUCAGAAUGUCACCGUGACAGAGGGCGGGACGGCCAACAUGACAUGUCGCGUGGAGUACAACGACAACACCUCCCUCCAGUGGUCCAACCCGGCACAGCAAACUCUCUUCUUCGGUGACAAGAAAGCUUUGAGGGACAACAGGAUCGAGCUGAUCCGCGCUUCGUGGUCGGAGUUGACCAUCAGCAUCCAUGAUGUCACGCUGUCUGACGAGGGGAUGUACACCUGUUCUCUUUUUACCAUGCCCGUCAAAACCGCCAAAGCCUACCUGACAGUCCUUGGCGUGCCGGAGAAGCCAGAGAUCGAGGGCCUGAUGAAGCCCGCCUUGGAGGGCGAUCACAUCACUCUGACCUGCAUGACUCACGGCAGCAAACCUGCCGCCGACUUGCGCUGGUUCCGAAAUGAAAAGGAGGUCAAAGGUGCCAAGGAGGUGAACGCUAGCGGGAAGACUUUCACAGUGCGCAGCUCGCUGCAGCUGCGCGUGGACAGAAAUGAUGACGGGGUGGCAUACACUUGCAGAGUGGACCACGAGGCACUUUCGCAGUCGCCACAGCAGACCACUGAAGUGCUGGAGGUGCACUAUGCUCCUCGGGUGGAGAUCGUCCACUCUCUCGCAGUCCCUCAGGAGGGUCAGUACCUAAAGCUGGACUGUGUGUCCCAAGGAAACCCUUCGCCAGAUCCUGUGAUGUGGACGAAAGACGGCGUGGAACUUUCGGACCUUGGCAGAGUGAUUGUGGAGGGUCGGGAGCUGACAUUCACAUCACUGAACAAGACGGACAACGGCACGUACCGCUGCGAGGCCAGCAACCACCUCGGGACCAGCAGCGCUGAAUAUGUACUCUACGUGUACGAAGAACCCACCACCCUGCCUCCAUCCACCACACCCCCCUUCCAUCCCAUCCCCCCAGACUCCACCGCUCUAAUAGGCACCCUCGCUUCAGACCCCGCAGUCACUGGAAACCGAGAUCCCAACGCUCUGGGCCAUCAUGGCACGGACCACGCUUUGAUCGGGGGAGUGGUGGCUGUGGUGGUCUUCGUCACAUUGUGUUUAAUUAUUGUUUUGGGAAGAUACCUGGCCAGGCAUAAAGGAACGUAUUUGACAAACGAGGCCAAAGGGGCGGACGACGCACCCGACGCCGACACGGCCAUCAUCAACGCUGAGGGCAACCACGCGCACGCCGAAGAAAAGAAGGAGUACUUCAUCUAGACUGUAGAGGGCGCUCCCCUUGGCAUCCGUCCCUCUUGUGUCCCUCCCCCCAACCACCCACCCCUUCGUCUCCAACCGGCGGUCGAGGCAGCGCACAGACAAAGAGGAUCCCACUGUGUUUGCCCACCUUUUUGGCUUCAUCUUUAACCCCGAUCGUUCGGCGGCCAUUUUGUGCAGGCAUCGCUGCUGAAGUUCACUCGUGUUUUUGGCCCUCAACCCUGGAAAUCUGUAUAUCGACCAUGACUGCUUCUUACACCCCCUUCUUACACCUGAACACACCACCACGAGCACUCCCACUCGUUUUUGCUCGCACAUUCCCCCCCAACACACACACACACACACACACACACACACACACACACACACACACACACACACACACAGCUCACAUCAACACGGUGCCUAAAAAUACAGACGCCAUUGAACUCGUGUCAAUGCCUUCAUGUAUCAGUCAGUAGCAAUGUAAAUGCUUUUGUAGAUGGUCACCCGGAUGGACCAUCAUCCCAUCGCUUAGCUCACAGCAUUGUCUUUUGAUGAUUAUUUUAUUUUCAUGUUUUUUUUUUUUCAAUGAUGAUCUGUGCUGUUUCGCGCCUUAUACAUAUCUACCACACUCAAUAUCUUAGACGAUCCCUCCUUCUUUAAAUAGACUUGUAAUUAAAAUGUCGAGCCGUGUAAGAUAAGAAAGAAGGCUUUGUGCGGUGCUCGUGUAGCAAAGGUUGCUCAGAUACGUGUGUAGUUCGUAGAGUGGGGCUGUUGUGUGCUACUGUUUUAGAGCUGAGAGUACACACCAAAAAUUUGCUAGAUGAGACGUUUCAUCCACUGAGAAGAUUAGGACAGCAUUUUCUAAAUCUGCUAUACCAAUCUACUUUUUGUGUAUAUUCCUGAACUCGACGGCCUCUUUUGUUUUUCACGUGAUGGCUUCGGGUCGACUAGCUGUAUAAAUUGUAUUUAAGUUAGUAAAGUCAUGUAUGUCAUAAUGAGAAGGAAAAAAAAAUCCAGAGAAAUAGAAAAUUAGAGUAUGGGUUGAAAAGAGUGCAUUAGUUCCAUGCUGUACAGGGAUUUUGUGAUCAAUGCGUUUUAUUUCUGUAAAUUCUGUUUUGAUGUGCACUAAAAUGAGAGCAGGUGGAGUUUUUUUGGUUUUUCUGGAUGACGCAGUUUAACUUUUAAAAGGGAGGUAAGAAAAGUUCAAGGAUGUUCGAAAUGGAAUAUUUUACAUUUACAGCACCGAGGUGUCAAUGGGAAGUAUUCACAUUCGGAACCCCCGCACUGAAAAAAUAAAAUAAAAAACCUCAAAAUUGAAGUGCGUUGCUUUACAUCCAAAAUCCAACUCACUUCUCUCUGCAUUUGUUUCAUCGUGUCUCGCAAUUAGCAAAGACAUCCUCAUUUCACCAUGAAAUCAAGCCGUGUGUCACUGACAUGACGCUCACUCGGUGGACAUACGUUAUUUCCUAAAUUAUCAAAAUUGAUGGACAAAGCACAAGGUGGAGUCGGCGCCUUCCGUUUCAAACUCAUUUGCCUUGAGCGUGCUUCGUUUAUUCAAAUCGACAGUGGAAAUCUUUGUUUCCAAAUUGUGAAAACAAAGGAAAAAAAAAAUCUUAAUAUUUUUCUUUGAGUGGUUUUAAACUCCCUGCUGUGUACUGUGUCUGCUAAAACGUGUUUGAUUGUGAAAAUUGCUCUUGAAUUCCAGCUCUCUUGUAAUCUUUUUGUAUAUUAGGAACUUGAUCAAUUGUUUUUUUUUGUUUGUUUUUUUCCAUCGGUCAUUGCACACAUUUAGCUAAUUUUGACGUUUUGUUUUGGCACAAGGCAUGUAAAUAAUGUGUGGAAAACUAAAGUUGGUAAAAACA